CCCAUCUGUUACACAGAGCUGACAUUUUCCUUCCUGUAUGGUGUCAAAUCUAAAUGGGAUGUUUAGUCAAGCAAACAAGUCUUUUUGUCUAGUUUUUUUAUCAUUCAUCUGAUUAUUAACAGGCACAUGUACACAUUUCUUACUCCGAACAAUUUUCAAAAAUAAUGGAACAUCUUCUAUGGCAUCUCUUCUUGGGUUUCUUUUGCCUUUCAGUGAUGGACGGAGAGAGGCAAACUCUUGCAGAAGUCAGCACAUCAGUGGAAAAUAGCGAACAAAGGGAAAUGACUGAUAUACUUGGAACAGAAGCUGGAAGUGGAACAUUGCAUGAAGAACUAAAGUCACCUCCAGCCAUUGCAACACCUCUACUCUACAGAAGUUUCCUCAGGAGGAGAAAAAGAUCCAUUUUAUUUCCAAAUGGAGUCAAAGUAUGCCCAGAAGAAUCCAUCGACCAGGCCCUGGCAAAUCAUAUGAAAUUUUUUAAACUAAGGGUAUGCCAAGAAACUGUCUGGGAGGUGUUCAAGAUAUUCUGGGACCGUCUACCCAACCAAACAGAAUACCAACAAUGGAUGAAGUUAUGUGAAGAGGGCACCAUGACAGCAUUUGACAUUGGAGCCAAAUUUAGCAUGUCUCAAGAACAUCACCAAUUAGUCACAAAGAAACUGUCAAUAACUAAACAUGCAGCCAGUGGGACAUGCAAUGGGUGGUCUUGUGGCAAAGACAUUGCUCCAUGGUUUCACCUGUGCAGCUCAGAAGCAACACCAUUGCCUUCAGCACAUGAAACUACAACAUUUCGAGAUGCAGCUGCCAAUGUGCCACUUUCAUAUGAAAUAUCAGUGGAAAUUGAAACCCCCACAGACUAUUCUGAGCUACUGCCUGAGGAAAUUAUGAACAAUGAAAUAAUCCUGAUGACAGAGAAGCCAUUAAUGCCAGUGGUAGAAAAGAUGAUAGAGAUGAGUAUCAUUCUUCCCAGGGAGCCAUAUAACAUAGAACUAAGUGACAAAUUUUCUUCUGCACACCACAAGCUUUCAGAAACAUUUCUUGAUCAGGUGCAAAAUAUGUUUGAAAUUCUUCCAGGAUACAAAACAAUGUUUGUCCAGGAAUUAAGUCCUUCCGUACUGGACGACAGAAUUGCUGUGGAAGUGCGCUUUGCUGUCAUUUUUGAUGGUGACGCAGAUGCUAUAAAUAAUGCUUCUAUGGACCUCAUCAACCUCCAUUAUAAUAAAGAUGAAAAUAGUGCAUUUAAUGAAAUUGAAGACAACCCUACAGCAAGUUAUACAGGUGGCAGCUUUACAAGUUACAUAGUAGAAAGGCUGCAUGAGCAAAUGUUACUUGAAAACCGUACCCUGGACUUCACUCUUAACUCACUUCAGCUGAUAAAAAUUGAAAAUGCUCCAUUAGAUAAUUUUAAUGAAUGGACAUCUAUAACUGAGCAGCCAACAAUUCCACUGCCGUCAACUGCAGAUGUUAACAAGGCACUACAAGCUGAAUGGCUUCCAAAUGCUCAUUCAACAUUAAGCAAUAUUGUGCCUGCAGCAGAAAAUAAUGAACAGCUGACUACAAAAAGUGAAGUUGUAGUGGAAAAUGUAGUUAUUGCAGACAACAUUGCAAGCACAGUUGAAGACACAGACCUAAUUAUUGAUGGGUCUCCUGGUUUUGAAUACAGUUUUACAACUCCAGCUGUGUCUCCUCUUUUUCAGGAAAAUGACAUCAUUGCAUUGAUAGAAACCAGAUUGACUACAGUUUCUAGUUUAAAUAUCGAGUUAGAUAGUCAAGAAGAAUCUGGGGAUAAUGAAUUGCUUCUAUAUGAGCAGCCUACUUUAAAUAUAUUGUCUGACAAAGUGCCAAAAAGUACAUCACCUUCUACCAAAACCUAUAUUUUACCAGCCAUUCUGCCAACAUUUGAGACUUCUUCACCAGCAGAAGAAUCUAAUGCAGACAUUGUGACAUCUGCUAUAGCUGCAGAAAAGCCUUCUUUUGAAUCUUCUUUUGUAAACCAAAUAAUGGGAACUGGAAGUACCAUCCUUACUCAUACUGAAAAUGAUGCCUUAGUGCUCUCAGUUGACACUUUCACACAAGGGAGUAAAUUAGAAAAGAAUGAGUUAUUGAUAGAAUCCAAUUUACCAACAACUAGUUUACAGCCUGGACUUAUUAUUCAUUCUGAUGAGGGAUCAGGUUCAGGUUUUAUACCUUUUGUAAAGGUAGAUGAGACUGACAAUAUGCAAUGGACUAUAUCAACAGUGGAACCUCACCAUUCUAUUAACCAAAUAUAUACUACUAAUGACAUAAUGGAGAUUCCAGAAAUACACAAUGACAUCAACCCCUUUAAUGAACAGACUAAUAGAAUGGACAGUGUUUCAAAGCUGGUACCUAAAGAGUCUGAGCAAUCUGUUACCUACUCUUCAACAGAAGGUCUGGUACAUCUACCAGGAAUGUCAGCAACAGAAUCUGCUCCUGCGUUAUGGACAUUUGAAACUGCAGCCAUUAAGCAGUCAUCAGAAAUGGAUAUAUAUGACUAUUCAUUCACUGAAUCAAAUAGUUUAACUGAAUCAGCUAUGGAAUAUGCAGCUGUAGAUGCAUCAGGUGAAGAGAUGUCAUGGAUACCAACCAAUUCUCUGCAAACACAAGAAUUAUCAUCAUUGAAAAACAUGUUUUCAGAAUUGGACACUGAAGUGGACACUGACAACUCCUCAUCUAAUGAAAUACAACCAUUAAACCUGCAGGUCAUUAGUCUUAGCACAUAUUCACCAAUUAGAGAAUAUGGAUCUCUGUUUAACACAAAACCUGAUAAGUAUAAUGCAAUAUUAGCAACAUCACUAGAUGCUGGGAAUGCAGAAGUGGAGACAGACGUGACAACCAGCCCAAUCUCUAAUGAAAUACAACCAUUAAACCAGCAGGUCCAUAGUCUCAUUACAUCUCCACCAAUCAAAGGACAUGAUUCACACACAGAGCAUGCUGUAUUACCAAUAUCAUUAGAUGCUGGGAAUGGAGAUGCACAGACAGACGUGACAGUUAGAGCUAUCUCUAAUGAAAUACAACCAAAUCUGCAGGUGCUCAGUCUUACUACAUUGCAGCCAAUCAGGGAACAUGAAUUUCUGUUAACCACAGAACUUGCAGUAUUAGAAACAUCAUCAGAGGCUGUCAGUGAAGAAGUGCAGUCAGAUGUGACAACAAGCUCAAUUUCUAAUGAAAUACAACCAUUAAACUUGCAGUUACUUAGUCUUACUACGUCUCCACCAAUCAGAGAACUUGAUUCUCUGUUAAACAAAGAAAAUUCAAUAUUAGCAACAUCACUAGAUGCUGGCAAUAAGGAAGUAGAGACAGAUGUGACAAUCGGUGCAAUUUCUAAUGAAAUGCAUCCAUUAAACCUGCAAGAACUUAGUCUUACUACAUAUCCACCAAUCAGGGAACAUGAUUCUUUAUUAACCACUAAACAUGCAAUAUUAACAGCAUCAUUAGAAGAUGUCAAUGAAGAAGUGCACACAGAUGUGACAAUCAACACAAUCUCUAAUGAAAUACAACCAUUAAACCGACAUGUCCUUAGUCUUACUACAUCUCCACCAAUCAGAGAACUUGAUUCUCUGUUAAACAAAGAAAAUUCAAUAUUAGCAACUCCAUUAGAUGCUAGCAAUGAAGAUAUAGAGAAAGAAGUUACAAUCAACUCCACGUUUGAUGAAAUACAACCAUUUAACUCACAGGUUCUUAGUCUUACUUUAUCACCUCCAAUUAAAGAGCAUGAUUCUCUGUUAAACAUAGGGCAUGAUAAAGAUAAUUUAGUUUUAGUUACAUCAUUAGAUACUAGGAAUGAAGAAGCUUACAUAGAUGUGACAGUCAGCUCCCCCUUCAAUGGAAUGCAGCCAUUAAACCCACAUAGCUUUGGUAAUAGUACAACUCCACCAAUCAGAGAACUGGAGUCUCCAUUUAACACAGAAAUCACAUCUCCACCAAUCAGAGAACAUGACUCUCUGUUAAGCACAGAAAUCAAUAAAGAUAAUACAAUAUUAAUCUCAUUGUCAGAUGCUAGGAAUGAAGAACAUACAUUAUUUACAAAUGAUGAGUCAAGUAUUACUGAUGAAAUGUUGAAUACAGCCCCAAACAUUAUUUCCAAUAAGACAAGUACAUUCCAUGACAUUGACAGUACAAUAAAAGUAGAUAAUAGUCCCACUACUCAUAGAGAAGCUGUUGACAUAGAUUCAGUGACAGAGUAUAAACAUGUUUUUAGUGAUGCCUCAAUGGAACCAAUAGAUACACAGAGUUCUGCUGUUCUUUCAGUAAAAAAAGAGGAAGAAGUAACAGUGGAAGUUCAGAAUAUAUCCUUAGAAUUAGAUCACUUAAGUACAGUUUAUUAUCACCCUGACAUGAGUCCAGAAGAAAGAAGCAUGGUGGCUAAAAACAUUCAUUCUACAGACCUUGCUAGUGUGAUUUUCUCAUCUCAUGAGAAGGGCGGAAAUGUUUCAGCUUCUGCAAGAGCACUUGUGGUGUUUUUCAGUCUUCGUGUCACCAACAUGAUAUUUUCAGAGGAUUUGUUUAACAAAAACUCUCCUGAAUAUAAAGCUCUGGAACAAAGAUUUUUAGAACUGCUGGUUCCAUAUCUCCAGUCCAAUCUAACUGGCUUUCAAAACCUUGAAAUUUUGAAUUUCCGUAACGGCAGCAUCAUUGUAAAUAGCAGAAUGAAGUUUGCAAAACCUGUUCCUCGAAAUGUCAGCAAUGCCGUGUAUAUCAUUCUUGAGGACUUCUGUAACACUGCAUAUCAAACUAUGAACUUGGCCAUUGACAAAUACUCACUGGAUGUUGAAUCAGGGUAUAUAGCUGACCCAUGUAAAUUCCAAGCAUGCAAUGAGUAUUCAGAGUGCCUCAUAAACAAGUGGAGCGGGGAAGGAGAAUGUGUUUGUAAUCCAGGAUAUGUUAGUGUGGAUGGCAUGCCUUGUCAGAGUCUGUGUGAUCUAGAAAUAGAGUUUUGCCAGAAUGAUGGUAAAUGUGAUAUUAUUCCUGGACAAGGUGCUAUUUGCAGGUGUAGAGUGGGAGAAAACUGGUGGUACAGAGGAGAACAUUGUGAAGAAUAUGUUUCAGAGCCUUUAGUGGUUGGAAUAGCCAUUGCAUCAGUAGCUGGCUUUCUCCUUGUAGCUUCUGCUGUCAUUUUCUUCUUGGCAAGGACGCUUAGAGUUCAGAACUCAAAGGGUGAUCAAGAAGAAUCGUUUGGGAGACCAAAUGACAGCAUUUCAUCUAUUGAACGUCCUGUGAAAUAUAAUCCAAUGUACGAGAGUGACAUUACUGGUUACAGUCACUACUGUAAGAGAUAUCCCCAUUACUCAUCAACCACAUCCACCAGUCCUGAGACCUCUGCAGACUUCAGCAGUGAAGAGAUUCGGCACAUCUAUGAACACAGCGAGCUUUCGAAAGAGGAAAUCCAGGAUCGAAUAAGAAUAAUUGAGCUUUAUGCAAAAGACAAACAAUUUGCAGAAUUUGUGAGGCAACACCAGAUGUCUGUGGACAAUGUCAGACAAGCAAACCCUACAAGUUAAUAUUUCAAAUAAUUCCAACAGCAAAAAGGAGGUUUUCAAGAUGGAAGAUGAAAGGAUCCCAACCCAUCACUCUUGCCAUUACAGUAGAGUAGAGACUGUGUUAAAGUGAAGUGCAUGUGUGCAAUGUGUAUAUUAGUAUGGCUGUAUUGAAGUGUAAAAAGUGAUAUGCCGAUGAAUGCUGGCUUACACAAACAGGAAAAACACAGCUUUAUAAAGUAAUGUUUCAUGUUUGACAGAUGUAUGUUAUAGCAAUAUUAUUGCAAUUUAAUGUAGUAUAUUAUUCUAUUUUUUUUUACAAAGAUAUUAGGCUUUCUGGACUUUUUUUUGUAAAACAUAUGCAGCUGUAUAUAAAAAUUGAUAAAACA